AUGGCAGAUGGGGCGCAAGCCAACCCCAAAGUGUUCAGGAAGAAGGUGCUGGUUAGGCACCUCUCUGGGUGGAUGGGCCCAAGUCUCAGGGCCUCUUCUCCCUGGAGAACCUCCAGAUCUAGCUUGGGUAUGAAGUUCUUCAUCAUGGUCAUCCUGGCUGGCAGCGUCCUGCCCGAGGCCCGCAGCAGCCUGCUUAACCUGAAGUCCAUGGUGGAAGACAUCACGGGGAGGAGCGCCAUCCUGUCCUUCGUGGGCUACGGCUGCUACUGUGGGCUGGGAGGGCACGGGCUGCCCAUGGACGAGGUGGACUGGUGCUGCCACGCCCAUGACUGCUGCUACCAGAAGCUCUUUGACCUGGGCUGUCACCCCUAUGUGGACCACUAUGAACACGCCAUAGAGAAUAAUACUUCGGUCAUCUGCAGUGAGCUCAACGAGACGGAGUGUGACAAGCAGACAUGCGAAUGUGACAAGAGCGUGGUUCUGUGUCUCCGGAACCAGACGUACAACGAGAAGCAUCGCAACUAUCUCAACAUCUACUGUCAGGGUCCCACGCCCAACUGCAGCAUCUAUGAGCCCCCUCCGGGGGAGGUGGCCUGCAGACACUUCUCCCCCGCUCCCCCCGCACCUCCCUAG